AUGCUGUCCCCAACAUCCACCUCGCAAGUUUUCAUCUUCGGUGACCAGACUAGCGCCUUUGAGUCCGAUUUGCGUUCCCUCCUCCAUGUCAAAGAUAAUGAAAAUCUUCGAUCCUUCUUCGAGAAGGCAAACUACGCUCUGCGGCUUGAGAUUGCUCGACUUCCCAUGUCGCAGCGAGAAAUAUUCCCACGUUUCACAUGUUGCCUUGACCUUUUGCAAUACUACCGAGAAUCUGGGGGGAAUCCAGCUUUAGGCUUGGCCCUUCUCACCCUCAACCAGCUUGGUCGUUUCAUCAAAUAUUACGGAGAAGACUCGCGACCGUACCCUGCUGCCUCAAAUAGUUAUGCCAUUGGUCUCUGCACUGGUUCUUUUGCUGCUGCUGCUAUCAGUACAUCUCAGACCCUUUCCGAGCUGAUCCCUGCCGCCAUUGAAGCAGUCCUCGUUGCCUUCCGCACCGGUCUGGCAUCAAUCGAGGCCCGAAAUGAUAUCGAGUAUGAUUCUACUACAGCAGCAAUCUGGUCGGUGCUUGUUCCCCUGCAAGAAAAGGAAGUUCAAGCUGCUUUGACUUCUUUCAUUUCUGGGAAGGGACUACCAGAGGUUUCAAAACCUUACCUGAGCGCGGUUACGAAAACCAGUGUCACUUUGAGCGGGCCACCUUCCGUACUCAAGGAUCUGCUGUCUAUACCGCAUUUUUCAGCUGUCAAGCCACUGAAACUUUCGGUAUAUGCUCCGUAUCAUGCAUCCCACAUCUUUAGCGCUUCAGUUGUCGAUGCAAUCCUCGCCGCCUCCGACUCCCACAUUCUGAACACAUACAAGCCAAGAAUUCCUCAGAUAUCUUGCUCUACAGGCAGAAGAGUUGCAGUGUCUACUUAUGGGUCUCUUCUCCGCGCAGUAUUGGAGGAUAUUCUCAUUAAGCAACUACGGUGGGAUCUCGUGCUUGGAGGUUGCUAUACUGAACUCAUUCAGACGGCACUACAAGGAGCACAGUUCCGCCUUUUUCCAAUCCUUACAAAUGCUGCACCGACUCUGGCUUCGUCCCUUUCGCAAGCCGCUGCUCUGAAUGUCCCGAUCGAUGGCGCUAUUGCAGAGCAUUCCAGCAAAUCCUUCUCGUCAAACAAUUCUGGGAAAAUGGAACAAUCUAAGAUUGCGAUCGUGGGCCAUUCUGGCCGCUUUCCUGACGCUGCCAGCACAGAGGCAUUCUGGGAACUGCUCCACGAAGGUCGUGAUGUGCAUCGAGCGAUCCCAAAGGAUAGAUUCGAUGCAGAAGCACAUUUUGAUCCAACGGGCAAGACGAAGAACACCAGCCGCAUUCAACAUGGCUGCUUCAUUAAAGAACCUGGUUUAUUUGAUGCUAGAUUCUUCAAUAUGUCCCCAAGAGAAUCUUGUCAGGCUGAUCCUGGACAACGUCUGGCAAUCACUACCGCUUACGAAGCCAUGGAGAUGGCCGGGUUUGUCCCUGACACGACUCCUUCCAGCCAACGCGACCGGAUUGGUAUCUUCUAUGGUAUGACGAGUGACGACUGGCGAGAAGUCAAUAGUGGUCAGAAUGUCGAUACUUACUUCAUUCCGGGUGGAAACCGAGCCUUCACGCCUGGCCGCAUCAAUUAUCACUUUAAGUUUAGCGGACCUAGCUUUAGCAUCGACACAGCUUGCUCUUCCAGCUUUGCCGCCAUCCACACUGCCUGCAACUCGUUGUGGAGGGGUGAUUGCGAUACAGCCAUUGCAGGUGGAACGAAUGUUAUGACAAAUCCUGACAACUUUGCUGGUCUUGAUCGCGGACAUUUCUUGUCAACAACUGGAAACUGCAAUACUUUCGACGAUGGAGCAAAUGGAUAUUGCAGAGCGGAUGCAGUCGGCACGGUUAUACUCAAGCGACUCGAGGACGCCGAAGCAGACAAUGACCCCAUUUAUGGCGUGCUCUUGGGUGCAUAUACCAAUCACUCGGCCGAAGCGGACUCAAUGACUCGACCUCACGUUGGAGCUCAAUCCUUUAUCUUCAAUAAGAUGCUCAAUCAAGCGAAUGUCAAUCCCCUCGAUAUUAGCUACAUCGAGAUGCACGGCACCGGAACUCAGACUGGUGACGCGGUCGAGAUGAAGUCGGUCUUAGAGGUAUUCGCCAAAAGACCUCGAGGGGUGGAGCAUCCGCUCUAUCUUGGUUCAGCCAAGGCGAGCAUCGGCCAUGCUGAGUCUGCUUCAGGUAUCUGUUCUUUGAUCAAGGUUCUCAAAAUGAUGGAAAAGAGCGAAAUCCCACCUCAUUGCGGAAUCAAAACUAAGAUCAAUCACGGAUUUCCCACCGACCUUCAGGCUCGAAACGUGAACAUUGCACUCGCUCCAACAACGUGGAGGCGCCCUCAGAAUGGUAAACGGACAGUGUUUCUGAACAAUUUCAGUGCCGCCGGUGGUAACUCCGCCCUUUUGAUGGAAGAUGCUCCAGUCAGAACUGCCCCAGGUGCAGAAGACGGAAGAUCUUCUCACAUUGUCUCCGUCUCAGCCAAGAGCAUACAUUCGCUCGACAAGAAUAUCCAAAGUAUGAUCCGGUUCAUCGAUGACACUCCGGGCCUUUCACUUCCAGCCCUGUCAUAUACCACAACAGCUCGUCGCAUGCAUCACAACCAUCGGGUUGCCGUUACAGGCCACGAUGUGCGGGAAAUUAGAGAAGCUUUACAACAACUCGGCCCCUCAAAGAAUAUACGACCCAUCCAGGCUGCGAAAAUACCAAAUGUUGCAUUCGCGUUCACUGGCCAGGGAUGUUUAUACUCUGGAAUGGCCAAAGGUCUCUUUGACAAUAUAUCCUCAUUCAGAUCAGACAUUCAACGUUUCGAUCAGAUUGCUCAUAACCUUGGGUUUCCUACCUUCCUUCCUCUCGUCGACGGCAGUCGGGAUGUAGAUGAACUGGGACCCGUUGUUUCUCAACUCGGCGCUGCUUCUGUGCAGAUGGCCUUGAACCGUCUCUGGGCUUCCUGGGGCGUUGUUCCUAGGGCUGUCAUAGGUCAUAGCCUUGGGGAAUACGCGGCACUGAAUGCCGCAGGAGUUCUUUCAGUCAGUGAUACUAUUUAUUUGACUGGCGCCAGAGCAGAAUUGCUCGAGAAGUACUGCACCAUCGAUACGCAUUCUAUGCUUGCGGUUAAAGCAUCCCCAGCAUCUUUGGACAGAUACGUAUCCAAGACAAGCUGCGAAAUUGCUUGCAUCAACGGACCGGAAGAGAUCGUACUAAGCGGAAACCUCUCUGAAAUCGCGACCAUUUCCCGCGAUCUCACAACAGCCGGUUUCAAAUGUGUGAAACUUGAGCUCCCGUUCGCGUUCCACUCAGCUCAAGUCGAGGCAAUUCUUGAAAAGCUCGAGGCUCUUGCCCAAGACAUCGUCUUCAAAAAACCAUCGACACCUUACAUAUCACCUCUCCUCAGUGAAGUCAUCACAGAAAUCGGUGUUCUGGGUCCAUCUUACCUUAGCCGUGCCUGCAGAGAAACUGUGAACUUUGUUGGUGGUCUCUCAGCAGCAGUCGAGGCCAAAAGUAUCAGCGACAAGACGAUCUGGAUAGAAAUCGGAGCCCAUCCUGUGUGCUCAUCAAUGGUCAAGUCCACUAUCGGAGCUCAAGCCACCACCGUUCCCACUCUGCGCAAGAGUGCGGACACUUGGAAGGUCAUAACAAAUAGUCUUGCGGUUCUACAUACUACUGGUAUUGACCUCCAUUGGAAUGAAUAUCACAGAGACUUCAAAGAAUCCCAGUACGUCCUCCAGCUUCCUACCUACAGCUGGGACGCGAAGAACUAUUGGAUCCAAUACAACAAUAAUUUCUGUCUGACGAAGGGCAACGACAUUUCCAAAGCUAUCUGUGCACCGGAACCGACUUUGUCCAGGUUCAGUACAACAUCGGUGCAGAGGAUCGUGGAAGAGAGCCACGGACCUCACACCUCGGCCAUGAUAAUUGAAUCCAACCUGUCAGACCCUGUGCUUGCAAAGGCCAUUCACGGCCACAAAGUCAACGGUGCCGCUCUUUGCCCUUCGUCUCUGUACGCAGAUAUUGGUCUGACCAUUGGAGAGUACCUACUCAAGAAGAGCCCAGUGUACGAUGAGUCCAUUGGUGUAGACGUCGCUGAUAUGAAAGUUGGGAACCCUCUCGUUGCCAACGGAAAUCAACCCCAACUUUUCAGAACUUCCGCAUCCGCCUGCUGGGACACUCGUACUGCCGACCUUCAUAUUUACUCAGUCAGUGCCGAAGGCAAGAAGACGAUCGACCAUGCCAGAUGCAAGAUCAGGUUUGGCGAUCGAAACGAAUGGUCAAAGGAAUUCAAACGCAACGCUUACUUGAUCAAUCGUCAGAUCGCAGCCCUCCAAAAUGGAGUCAAUCACGGAAAGAGUCAUAAGAUCAAGCGUGGCAUGGCCUACAAGCUGUUUGGCGCCGUUGUGCAAUAUGACCAAGCUUACCAGGGCAUGCAAGAAGUCGUCCUGGACAGCGAAAUGCUUGAAGCCACCGCGCAGGUGAAAUUUCAGACGACAGAGAAGAAUGGAAAUUUUAAUGUUGGGCCAUACUGGAUUGAUAGUUUGGGACAUGUUGCUGGGUUUAUAAUGAAUGCCAACGAGAAUACGGACCCUAGCCUUCAAGUAUUCGUCAACCAUGGAUGGGAUAGAAUGCGAUGCACGAAAGCAUUUUCUCCGGAGCGAACGUACCAAGUCUAUAACCGAAUGCAGAAUAUCGGAGGAACACUCCAUUCCGGUGAUAUUUAUAUUCUGGAGGACGCCAAUGUCAUAGCUGUCUUUGAAGGUGUCAAGUUCCAAGGAGUGCCUCGCUCCGUGCUCAAUCAUUUGUUACCUUCCGAGAGCAAGAGUUCGCGCAAUUUGCCAGCCAUCACGGUCAGCGAAUCGUCAAAUUUCCCCAAGAGUCAGAGGUUAAAGCCUGUCCAGAAGGCAAAUUUGCCUCUUCCCGCAGCUCUCAACACGAAUAAAGCGAGUGUUGCAAACCGAGUGUUGGCAGUUAUAGCGGACGAAGUUGGCCUUGAUAUCAACGAUCUACUUCCCACCAGCAGCUUUUCAGACUUCGGUGUCGACUCUCUGUUAUCUCUCAACAUCACUAGCAGAUUUCGGGAAGAGCUCGACCUUGAGGUCGAGUCUUCUUUAUUUGCGGACUGUCCCACUAUCAAAGAUCUUCUGGCUUUCCUGCCCACUGGCGCAACCCCGCCGGAUUCCAGUGACGAGUCGACUGCACCGUCUACUCCGGAACUGGAUUCGCUUUCUGCUGCCACAUCGACAACAGAUGAGACUGAAUAUUCGCUAAUUGGCGAUGAGAUACAUUGUGACGAAUCUAACCUCCUUGCAACCAUCCGACUUACCAUUGCGGAUGAGGUCGGCAUCCCCGUUGAAGAAUUGACGGGCACAUUGCCUUUCAGUGAUGUUGGCAUGGAUUCACUAUUGUCUCUUACAGUUCUGGGAAAGCUGCGAGAAGUUCUGGACGUUGAAUUAGAUGGGACGUUCUUCCAAGAUAAUAACUCUCUUGACGAGGUGGGGACUGCUCUUGGUCUCAAGACCGGGUCCUCAACUACCCCCUAUCAGGCUCCAUCAAGUCUCGAUCUCGUCGUCAAAUCCGUCACACACCCACCGGCCACAUCUAUCAUCCUACAGGGGAAUGCAAAGACUGCUCUAAAGACGCUAUUCCUCUUCCCUGACGGAUCUGGAUCCGCAACAUCUUACGCGCCUCUCCCGAAGAUAUCUUCGGACAUGGUUGUGUACGGUCUCAACUGCCCAUACAUGAAAAAUCCGCAAAACAUGAAAUGCAGCCUGGAUGAACUCACCCCGAGCUACCUCCAAGAGGUUCGUCGACGGCAACCCCAUGGGCCAUAUUUCUUCGGAGGCUGGUCUGCAGGAGGGGUUUGUGCGUUCGACGCUGCACAGCAACUCGAUCGUGAAGGCGAAAAGGUUGAACGCCUAAUCCUGAUCGACUCCCCAUUCCCUAUCGGCCUUGAGAAGCUUCCACCACGUCUCUACGAUUUCUUCAACAGCAUUGGCCUCUUCGGUACCGGAAACAAGGCCCCACCUGCUUGGUUGUUGCCUCACUUUCUGGCAUUUGUUGAUUCGUUGGAUCUUUACAGAGCCGUUCCAUAUGAAUCCAAGAACGCUCCAAAGGCGCAUAUUAUCUGGGCUCGGGACGGGGUUUGCAAGAAUGCUGGAGACCCAAGGCCUCCCAUGAGAAAUGAUGAUCCAAAAGAGAUGAAGUGGCUCCUGAAUAACAGAACAGACUUUGGUCCUAAUGGAUGGGAUAGGCUGCUGGGGGAUGGCAAGGUGGUUGUUGAGACUAUGAAUGACGCGAAUCAUUUCACUAUGAUGGAGGGGCAGAAGGUUCAGGAACUUGCAUCAUUUAUCAGGAGGGCUAUGCUGUGAAGGGUCAUUUGCCCUUUCUUCUUUAGAUUUACCUGUUUCCUUUUUUGUUUUUACCUUUCCUGUCUUGCAUGUUGGGUAACUGAACAUUUAGGGGUCUUUUAUUAUUUUAGUUUUCAUAGAGUGAAUAGAACAGAAUCUUGAGUAUUUCAC